GCAGGGGACGAGUGAUUGAAUUAAAAUUCUUAUCCGAAUCGCCUGCACUGCCUCCCACUGAUUACUCUGUGCGGGACCCUGGACGAGUGGCGGAAUAGUUUUGCACUACUGAGGUUUGCUUUUGCGGAUACAACAUGGAGGAGCUUGAUCAGAUACUCACGGAUGUUCGCCAAGGCUGCGGCCAGGUACCCAUUACAAGUAUAUGUUUAAACAACUGCGCCAACGGUGCACCGAAGCCGUCCUUGCGAUUCAAGAUUUGGACGAAUCCUCGAGUCCCCCACCAGACGAACAAGCUAAAGUCUUACACUCCCUUUAUGAGUUAUUUGAGAACAUAAGAGAGUCUACGCAUUCCUGGAGCCAAUUGGGCACGAUAUUAGCCUUAGUAAAUCAGCAACGUAUUAGCUCGUCCUUGGCACGAUGGGUCGAAGAGCUUGGGAAAUCACUACAUCCGAUCUCGGAUGUUCUAGCCAUAAACUUCGCGAAAUGGGCAACCGAAUUCUCCAAGGCUUGGAUAUUAGAUCACGCUGCCCUGAAGGAGAGUUUGUCAGCAUUGCUCCUGGACAUCAGCCAGGUUCCUUCCAUAUUGGGACUGAACCGUGCUGAUCAAGACCUACUACUCCGGCAAUUUAAGGUUCACUUUCUCUUUUCUCUCAUGUUCAUGUGCGAACCCUCUCUCCCAGGAGUUGUUAUCAAAUUCUCAGAUGGAAAUGGCGGAAAGAUACUCGGAGAGAAUCAUGGCGUUAUCAAAGCCUCAACCUGGAGCACUUAUCGAUUUAACUGAACGAGUUAGGUUAUUAGGGGAUCGACCGAUACAUUCAGGUUCCUUUUCCGAAUUUUGGCUGGGGGGACCUCGAGCGGAAACCUGGUCACCGUCAAAUUAUUCCAUGGCAGCUUUGGCUUCCAAGC